AUGACCGCGUCCCUCCAGAAAAAGGCAUCUCUUGAUUCUCAGCUCCAUUUUUUCUUUCCAACUCUUCUACCCGUAGAGGGGCUUAAUAACUCCGUCACCAAGGACCAAGGGCCUUCAAGCUCCUGCACUCUGUUCAAGCAUGGCCAUCUUCCUUCCUCGCCUCGCCACAUUACAACCACCGGCGAGAUGAGAGUGACUGAUGAGGAGACACCUCUCCUCCGAGACCAACGAACAGAACACGAUGCAAAAGAACGAACGAGCGACAAGGAGACGCCGAUCCCAUGGGGUCAGUUCUCGAUUGCUCUCGUCUUACAAUUGGCCGAGCCGAUGUCGUCGCAGGUCAUUUUCCCGUUCGUGCCGCAGCUCGUCCGCGAAACGGGCGUUACGGGUGGCGAUGACAAGAAGAUAGGACACUUCGUCGGAAUCAUGGAAAGUGUGUUUUUUGUUACACAAGCAUUAACUGUCCUUCAUUGGUCCCGCAUCUCGGAUCGCAUCGGACGUAAACCUGUCAUCUACGUCGGCCUUUCCGGGCUCGCACUCUCCAUGUAUUCUUUUGGGCUUGCAAGAACCUUCCCCGCGCUUGUCAUUGCACGUUCAUUGUCCGGCGCAUUGAAUGGCAAUGUCACUGUCUUCAAAAGUAUCAUUGGAGAGUUGACAGACAGCACAAAUAUCGCCCGGGCGUUCUCGUACCAACCCAUCGCCUGGUCAACAGGUGCCACACUUGGUCCUCUUUUUGGCGGCUUAUUUUCUCACCCAACCGAGCGUUUUCCUAAUGUCUUCGGCGGAAACGCUUUCUUGGAGAAGUACCCGUACUUCUUGCCUUGCGCAAUACCCGCAACGUUCACUGUUUUGAUGUUGAUAGUGACUCUGUUAUGGCUGAAGGAGACGAAUCCAUCAGGUUUCUCGUUUCGCACUCAAUUUCUCCGCAUAUUACCUGGGAUGCGAUCGUCUUCUGGUUCGCCUAGCCUCAAAGCCGGUGCAACACCAAAAGAACCACCGUUGCGUGCACUGCUUACUCCGCCUGUUCUACUCAGCACAGCAGUUUAUGCACUUCUUGCAUUCGUCGACAUCGCCUUUCGCGCUUUGCAACCAGUAUUCUUCGCCACUCCACGUUCGCUCGGCGGUCUCGGUAUUCCACCUCACACAAUCGGCAUAUUCCUCUCCUGCUUUGGAAUAGCAAACGGUUUCUUUCAAGUUGGGUUUUUCGCACGUUUGGUUAAGAGACUAGGGAAUAAGAGAGUCUAUUUAAUCGGUAUUACAGCUUCAAUCCCGAUUUUCGCACUCUUCCCUGUGAUGAGUGCAGUGGUUCACGCAGAAGACAGGAUGAAGAGCCGGGAGGACAGCGUGCCCACUAAACUGAGCGGUGUCCUCAUCUUUCUCGUAUUACUUCAACUGUGCCUGGCCUUGGGCAUAAGCAUGUGCUACGGGAGUGUGUAUAUUUUUAUCACGGCUGCUGCCGAAUCGAUCUCCUUGAAGAAAAAACAAGCCGCGGAUGCUGUUCGUCCCACUCGUCCGACGCUUUCACCCUCCUCAAACCCGACACUUGUACACAUGCAACUCCAUCGUCCCCAAGAAUCACCCAAAAUCAAAAUGCUCAACCAGAAGUUCGCCAGACGCCGAAAACUCAGGAACAAAAGAGGAUUAAUUUGGGAAUACGGGAGAGAUGCUGGAACUGGAGAGGACGGAGGGUGGCUACCCGGUGAAGGAGAAGCUGGCGAGCCAGCUUUCACAUUUUACCUCAAUACACUUUUCAGUCAGCCGUUUGGGGUUGCGCAAGAAGAAAUUGCAUUUAAAGGUGUGAAUGCUGGAGCAAGUGUGUGGCAAAAACUAGGAGGCAUGACAGUGUACUUUGUUAUGAUUGCUCUUGUAUGCUUUACAAUUGCGGUUGGGAUGAGACUACCUGAUGUGCCGUGGAGUGCUGCUGUGGACGAGGAUGAUGAUGAGGACGAUAUCGCAGAGAAUCACCCUAAUGUGGACGAACGGCAGUGA